AAAACAAUUACCCUCCAAAACGCAAACGCCUGCUGUAGUCAUCUUCCCCAGUUGUUCAGUUUCAUCGUCUACUUCUCAGCUUCGCAGUUUCUCUCUCCAGUUAUCAAAAAUGACGAAAUUAAGGAAGCUCAAUCGGCCUACCGGCCACCGUAUGUCAAUGCUCAGAACAAUGGUGUCUCAGUUGGUGAAACACGAGCGAAUCGAGACUACCGUUGCAAAGGCGAAAGAAGUUCGAAGAUUAGCCGAUAAUAUGGUUCAAUUGGGAAAAGAUGGCUCUCUUUGUGCUGCAAGAUGUGCUGCUGCUUUUGUCAGGGGCGAUGAUGUUAUUCACAAGUUAUUUACGGAGUUGGCAUAUCGAUACAAAAACCGAGCUGGUGGUUACACAAGGCUGCUCAGGACACGUAUUCGAGUUGGUGAUGCUGCCCCAAUGGCUUAUAUCGAGUUUAUUGACAGAGAAAAUGAGCUUAGGCAAUCAAAACCUCCAAAUCCGCAACCACCACAGAGAGCGCCCUUGGAUCCCUGGACAAAGUCGAAGCUUUGCAGACAAUAUGCCCCUCCUAAAGAGGAAAAGAUAUCUGAUUCUGAUAUUUAGUAUAAUCUGCGAUUUGGUGAUGGCGCAAUAUAUGAGUUUUGGCGAUUUCAUCUGCUCAACAUUAUAUGUUAAUUCCAGAAAUUUUGUAGCAAAUGAGUGAUCAGUUGAUCUGUGCUAGUGGGAUUGUGCUUAGUUGGGGGGGAUUUCUCCAAACAUUACGCUUAAUUUAUCUUGUUUUAAUUUUAGGUUAGGAGAUGGUGCUGAAUCUGCUGAUUGUGACUUCAGUUGGGUGAAUUCCGUUGAGAGAAAACCACUCUCAACUUUCUUCUUGUAGUAGUACCAUUAAAAAAAGCAAAAUUAGUUGCAAAUUACUUCUUGUAUGACUUAAAAUAAAACUUGUAAAUUCCUCAGUCGCCUUUUGAGUUUAUAAAAAGAUAUAGCCGGUGUAUUUAAUUA